CUCCAGGACAACACAGACUUUGGUACUGAUUGGGGCUGGGAUGGCAAUAUAAUCACAAAGGCGAAUGGCUAUCUGUAUCAGCUUCAGUCGCCUUCUUUCUUAGUUUGCUUCAAGAUUCUCCUUGAAAUUUUGCAAUGUCUCAAAGGCCUCACAGGCAAGCUUCAAAUGCAAACAUCUGAUGUCAUGUAUGCCUACAAGCAGGUUCAGUCAGUACGUUUAAUCCUACAGAAAAUGAGAGAGGACUGUGUCCAAGAAUUCAAUAAAAUCUUUGCCGAAAGUCUUAAGUUAGGACAAGAUCUCCAUGGUGAAGAUUUUGAGUUGACCAAACCGCGCAUUGCAAGGCGACAGUCUCAUUGAAGCAACAUUGAAACAUGCAGUGCAGAGCAGUAUUAUGGUGUAACCAUGUACAGUGAGUUCCUAUCUCAUGCCAUAAGGGAGCUUGACAACAGAUUUUCUGGAAACCAGUACUUGGUUCACGGCUUGCUUCAUUUGGUUCCAAGUAAGGUUGCUUCUGAAUCUCAUGAUGACUUUCCAGAAACACUCAGUCAAGCUGCUGAUUAUUUCAAAGACGACUUGCCUCAUCACAACAUGCUUUCCAUUGAGUAUCGAAUGUGGGUCCGGAAAUGGAAGUGUUCAGAUGAAGUUCCAACAAAGCUUGUUGAUGCACUCAAAUCAUGUGAUGAGAUUCAGUUUCCUAACAUAUUCGUUUUGUUGAAGUUGACUUUAACGCUUCCAGUCACCACUUGCGAGUGUGAGAGAAGCUUUAGUCAACUCAAACUGAUUAAAACCUGCAGAAGAUCUACAAUGACAGACGAUCGAUUAAAUGGAUUGGCAAUCAUGAAAAUAGACAGUGAUCGAUGUGAAAGAAUUCGGAAAUCUCCAGAAGCACUAAAUCUACUUGUGAACUUAUUUGCAUCAUUACAUCCUGGGAGAAUGAAGAUUGCUUUUGUUCUAGCUGAUCAAUAA